AGCUUACCGCAGUCCGUCAGUCAUCACUCUGGUGCGCUGCGCCACUGAUUGAUAGUUUGGGCCGUGCGUCCGGUUGGCCACCCAGCGAGAAGGGUAGGGCCGCGAAGUGGGGGAGCGCCGCCCAUUAAUGCGGCGCGUGUAUGGUGCCCGCCGGGGCUUGGCGCUAGUGCCCUUUUGCGGGUGUGCGGCUAGAUGGAGAAACUCCGAAGCCGCAUGCCGGAGCUCGGCCCGGAAGACUUGAAGAAAGAGCGCCGGGCCGCGCCUGCUCCCUCCAGCCCGCUACCAACCUACCCCCUUCGCGUUUGCCGCCGCCGCACCGCGGCGCUCGCCGGGCGCAUGGCCCGCCGCCGUACUCUCCUGCGACCUGGCCAUCGGCCGGAUAACGCGGCCACCCUAUGCAGCCGCGCGCCCUGGCGGGCCAUUACCAGGGCGGGCGCGAGCAUUGGCCCGCGGGGGCCCAUGCAAGUCCAAACUCUGCCGGCUGCAUUAUGUUCGCCGGCCGGUGCUGCUGUGUGCCGGCUGCCCUCGGGCAUGGUGUGCGCGCUGUUGGUUGGGUUCCCUGCUGUGGCGGCUUGCAGCUCUUGCCCGCCAGAAUCGCGCGCAGGGGUUGCGGCCCCGUCGGGUCACAGCCCUCUGUCGCGUUUUUGUCUAGUCUCCGCAUGGUUCCAUACAUUGUGGGGCGCCGCCUCUGCGAAAAAUCUGACUGGGCGAGUUGGGGGUUGCCGAUGUGUACUAAACGUCUAUGGCCAUAUAUUGCCCAGUCUCCCCCUAUCGAAGGGUCCAGAGAUGAUAUAUUUGCGAAAGCUUUAUUUGGUUUUGUCGGGGCGAAAUGAUUCCAACCACACACAACAGGACUCCUGUUUGAUUGCCCUCUAUUGCAGCUGCUUCUGCAGAAGAAGCUUUGUUUUUUUCAUUUUGUGCGUAGCGUAUAUUUUCAUAUGA